AUGUUUGCGCUUAUGUGGGAGUUGGUUGCGCUCUUGUACGUCGCCACAGGUGUUAUGAUAAUGGGCUCAGGAAGAACUCAUCAGUUCUUUGAUGCCAAUAACACUGUUACCAUUUCCUUGCCUCAAGAACUCUUUAUUGAUCUCCCCAAUGGAAUUACCGUACGUUCUCUCAAGCCACUUAUCAAGGUUACGGUUAACAUGACCGCCUACGGCCUCAGAACACUGAACGUUGGUCUGGCAACUUUCGAUCAACUUGACGCGAGUAAGUCUUAUGAUGAUGACAUGUACACAUAUCAGUUGAAGUACUAUGUCCCAGUAGAGCUCAAACCUGGAAGCUACAUUAAUCUCAACAUCACUUACUUUUACUGCUCUUCUUGGAACUGCACGGAUUUCGACGGAAUGACAGCCAAG